GGUUGCCUCACUCGGCGCUUCGCUGUCCUGAGCAGAAUGUUAAAUAUGUCCUAUCCAUUCGUCCCUUGAGGGUUGUUGGCAUAGAAACCGCCAAGGGCUUCUCUCUAGUACCAUUUCACAUAGGUCAUCUUGUUCGAUCUUCUCAUAAUGGCGUUACCGGCUGUUUUCCCCCCCGCGCUCCCGGUCUGGCCCACCACAUCCUCCACACUCGGCGAACUCCUUGGCUUUGACUCCGGCCCAAAAUUUCAAUGCCUUGGCCAGACCAAAGACGUCAAACGGUGUGAGAACCGUACGAGUAAAGCCAACUCUACUCUCGUGUCUGGCCUCCUGACUCAGAUCGUGAGAAGUGGAAGUUUCACUACCGCCAAAUCACUUCUCACUCAAGUCAUUGAUGUGGUUCUGUGCCGACACCACAAGAACCAAAGUCCAUCUUGUCUCGAUUCGUGGAAAAAGAAUUUCGAUUCCUCCAAGACCCGUGGCGUCAAGAUUGAGGGAAAGGAUGACAAGUCCAUGUUGACAGGACUACAAGCCAAAAGCCCCAGAUCCCCGCGAGUGUCUAAGCUAUCGCCGGAGCCGCCAGUCAAGAUCGAGAAAGAAGCUCCGAAAAAGCCAUACUUGGCGGAUCCGAAGUCUCCUUCAAGCGGGCAUUCAUCUCCCAAAUCUCCCAAAUCGAAAUCGUCGAAGCCGAACCCUGCGAAACCAACUACCCAAGUCCACAAGUUCGAGCCCUUCGGCAAGCCAUUAUCACCUUUCGAGCUCAACAAGGCCAUAAAGAAACUCAUCUUGCGUCCAUUGAUAUCGAAGGAGAAGACAACCAAAGGAUGCAUCUAUAUCUAUACCUUCCCUGACAACUACCGCGAUGUCUCUCCAUACCUCAAGAUCGGUUAUGCCAGUGACCUCGAGAGUCGCAUGGCCGCAUGGAAGAGCAAGUGCCGCUACACGCCUCAGGUGUUAGGAAGUUUCCCCUGCGAGCUGAGCGUCAAAGUCGAAAAGCUUGUACAUGCCGAACUGAAGAACGAGCGUAAGUGUGAGGCAGGCGGGUGCCCAGCCUGUGGUGUAAAGCACCACGAGUGGUUCGAUGUGAGGAGCUCCAAGGCUGCGGGAACUGUAGGCCUCUGGACCGACUGGACCAGAUUGGAUCCGUAUGAUGAGGAAGGAAAUCUGAAAAACGAGUGGAGGGCGCGUGUUGAGCGCGUGGACUUGAGCGACCCUGGCUGCUGGAACGAGUUUGUGAAUGGUAAGCACGAUGAGGAUGAUGAAACAUCCGAUGAGGACGAAUCCGACUAUGACGAGGAUAUUGAGUCCGGGUUCUCCGAAGAUGAUAACUCGAACUAUUCCAGUGGGAACGAGUAUGAUUCUUUUAGCUCUGGUGAUGAGGACGAUGAGUAACGAGCGGGGUGAUGGUGGUGAGAUGACACUGAUGAGAUGACGAAUUGUUCCCAUGAUUGUAUCACUAACGCGGCGCUCUUUGGUUUGGAUUGGUAUUUUUAUUUAUGCCCCUUGUAGCUCUCUGUUUGGGACUUGCUUAGAUACCCACGAAUGUUUAUGAAUCUCAGCC